AUGGCCUGUAGCCGUUUGCAUGCAGCUUUGGAGGCUGCGUUAAAUGUGUCGAAGCGCCUUGCCUCAAAGGAGAAGGAUGGCAUCAGCAGCUCCAGAGAAAGCAAGCGAGGUGAUUUGGCCAAGCUGGUCAGGUUACCCAAGAUAGAAUUGCCGAAAUUUAGUGGUAACGUAAUUGAAUGGCAAUCGUUUUGGGAUAAGUUUGAUGCUUUGAUCCAUUCGUCGGGCAAGCCGCCCAUAGGUAAAUGCAAUUAUCUAGACGGGCUUCUUGUAGGUGAAGCCAAUGCCACCAUUGCUGGACUCAGUGUGACGGCUGAUCACUACAAUGAUGCCAGACAACUUCUCGAGGAUCGCUUUGGUCGGAAAGAAAAGAUAGCAUUCGCUCAUCAUCAUAUUCAGGUGCUCUUGAAAAUGAGCAGCCGCUCCCAUACUAGUGGGGGCAAGGUGUCACAACUGUCUAAACUGUACGGCGGUCCAGUAGCAUGUGCGCAGUUUAGAUGCUUUGGAUAUAAGAGGUGA